AUGAAUAAUUUCACGGAUGCAGAGUCGUCGUCCGAACCACCCUCGAAGAGGAAGCGUGUGGUAACUGCAUGCCUAGAAUGUUAUAGGUCAUGUGACCGAAGAAAACCAUGCCAAAAUUGUGUAAAUCGUAAUGUCGCUGCUAAAUGCAUAUAUGAGCAACCACUGCCACAAACCGUUAUUUUGCAAGCGAAAUCUCGCUCACCUGCUCCGGCCGAGGACGAGUCUCCUCCUUGGGAACCAACUCCGGAUGGCACUGCACUUUUCUCUUUUUACGACGUUCUUGCUUUCACAGAUCUGAAAAAGUUACUUGAAAAUGAUGAAGUGUUCCGGGAGAGUCCUAGUCAGAGCAAGCCCAGCUCUAAGUUUUGGGUUCUGGCUGCUCAGCUGCCGGACCCUCAUGUUAUGACCAAAGCGUUCAACUACUACUUUGACGAGGUUCAUUGGCGCUACAAUAUUGGUCAGAGAUACUAUAUGAACAAGCAACUCGAAGACUGGAAAACUGUGGUACAGACACCUGCUCCGCAACAGAUUGGCAUCGACAAGAAUCUUCCAUACUUUGUGGCAUUCUCCUUCCAAUUGCUUGCCGUUAUCCUCCAGUAUAUGCGACCUGACAGAGAGAUCGCUCGUUUACUUGGUGCGACAACCCCAAAAUCAGCUGCUCACAUGUCUUGGAGGUACAACGAUGCAGCUUCUGAGCUUAUGCUGAUGCUUGGUCGACACAAUGGCACAAUCACUGUCGUCGAUUAUGAUUUACUGAGAGCGUGUUGGCUGAAGAACAAUGGUCGUGGUAUCGAAAGUUGGUACGCUACCAGUGAUGGAGUCAGACAAGCGCAACAGUUGAAUCUUCAUCGUGAACCAAGUCCUGCUCUGGGUAACCCGAACUCCUCGAAGAGCCUCGAGCAAUUUUGGCUCCAAGAGUAUGGCAGAAGAGUCUGGAUCAACUUGUUCUGCUGGGAUUCGGGAACAGCGAUGAAUCUUGGCCGCCCACGCAUGAUCAAUGCAAAGGAUUGUGAUGUUAUUCUGCCGAUUGAUCAACCAUUUCCAGAUGACCUUGCUCAUACGAUGCCAAUACCGCAGAGCCAGCACACGCCCUCGCCCCUCUCUUUACUUCUGUUUCGUUACAAAAUUGCUGGCAAGAUCCAUGAAAUUCGCGAGCACGGCUUAGACAAACAAGACGCCGACUAUGUCUUUGUGUGGACUUUUCAUGAUGAGCUCAACAACCUGCUAACCGAUUUGCCCUCGUAUCUGGAUCCGAACAACCCUGCAACACAUUUAGACUCUGAGUUCCCGUACCUUCGUUUGCACAGGGAAGAGGCCUCGAGUCAACUGAAUCUGGUCAUUAUGGAGCUGCAUCGACCCUUCAUCGCCAAGCAUCCGCAGAGUCGAAGUGCCGCUAUGAAAGCUGCAAUUGGUUCCAUCGAUAAUCAAAAGGUGUUGAUGGAACUUUCGGGCAGACACCACUACAGCUAUUUUGGUUUUGGAUUCUACACGACCAACGCAGCAAUGAUGCUUGCUGCGAUUGCUCUCAUCUACCCAGACGAGAACCACGUCAAGUUGAUCGAGUCUAAAGUGCAGCAAGCUCUGUCGAUUCUAGUCAAUAUACGAGACACCAACAUAGUCGCGCGAGCAUCAUUGCCUGUAGUACAGCGACUGUACGACAAAAUUCGAGGCUCACUUCACAAAGACUCGUCCAGCGCGACCAAUCUGAGUAACCCUGAAUCCGCACCGAGUCAAGAUGGUGGUAGUUUGCUCCCGAUAACUCCAUCUAUGUAUACGCUCCCUGUUGCACCUUUCGCCGCCGAGUUGAUGCCUGGAGAUGCAGAAGACUCAGAGCUCCAACAUUUCACGGACGUACCUGCUUGGACCGAGCUACAACAGGUCAAUGACUUUGAUGCUACGUUCUGGCUUGAUCAGCUCAGCAGAUUACCAGAUAACCUGCUACAGGAUGGUGCGCUCGGGCCAAACACGAUGUGGUAG